AUGAGUGAUACUACGCUGGAAUCGUCCAUGGUGACUGUGUUACACGAGCGCAUCUAUGAAGUGCUUAAAGAUGCUGAUCUUUCAGUUGUGUCCGCAAAAAAAAUUCGCACCGCACUUGGCGAGAUGCCAGACGAUGCGCUUCCAAAAGGGCUGGAUUUGGUCGCACAAAAGAAGGCAGUUGAUGCAGAGAUCCGGAAGUGCUAUACUGAAGUAACAAAGAAUGGGAUACCAUCUGUUGGGGCUGUGUCUGGUUCUGACAGGGGUAGCGCCAAAAGCAAAGCGAGCAAAAAAGAGAAAGCAGAGCCGAAAGCGACAAAGUCGCGUAAGAAACGUGCAGCAACGGACGAUACGGAUGGCGAGCGAAAAAAUAAGCGCACUGCAAGUGCCAAUAGUGCAUUGAAGAGAUCUUUGAAGCUAUCGCCAGCGAUGGCGGAGGUUUGUGGGGGCGACGAGAUGCCACGGUACGAGGUAGUCAAACAACUGUGGGUGUACAUCAAAGACAAGAAGCUACAGGAUAAUACGAACAAGCGACAGAUUCUAUGCGACGAUAAACUCAGCUCGCUCUUUGGAAAAUCGGCCGUGGACUCAUUCGAAAUGGCGAAAAACGAAGGACAUGCAAUGCAAGCCGCGCAAGACGAUAAACAGCCUAGAGAAUUGAGCUCCUUGCCUGUCACACAAGGAGGACUGCAUGAUAUUCACCAAUUUGUGCCUUUGAGCUCUUUGAUUCAGCAGUUCUCGCGAAAUCCAGCACAAUUUCAACGCCACUUUUGGCGUCACCAAAUGGACCUGGUCGAAAAUGGCUUCGACUCGGACGGCAAAGCGAUUGACUUUUACAACUUGGGAUCUACCCCUAGUGGAAGCAGUAGUGCAUUGCCACUUGCACGCAUCAAAAAGGUGAUGAAAAACGACGAUGAAGUAAAGAUGAUCUCCGCAGAAGCGCCGAUCCUAUUCUCGCGCGCUUGUGAGAUCUUUAUCUCCGAUCUGACGUGCCGUGCAUUUAUGGUUGCCGAGGAAAACAAGCGCCGCACGAUCCAGCGGUCUGAUAUAGCAAGCGCGAUCGCACGGUCGGAUCUGUUUGAUUUUUUGAUUGACAUUGUGCCGCGCUCCGAUAUGGUUCGUAAUCGGAGCACCAGCGCACCGGUGCGAAACCCGCUCAUGGCUGCACCAGGUAUGCCGCCCGGAAUGGGCGGUGCUGACUCUUCCGGUCGUGUUGGGAUGAACGAUGCCAUGAUGGACCCGAGUAAGACGGGUGCGUCAGGCUUUAUUCCUUUGCGUCCUUCGCAGCCAGAAAUGGCCGGACGUCUUGAUAACGAUAUGGGAUUGAAUCCUACUGCACAGGCUAUGAAGGGAAUGCACAAGACGCACAUUCCUGGCGAAUGGGGCGCCUCGAUGUAUGCGUUUCCCCCGACGGGCACAAUGGGCGACGCCCGUGUCCAUCCUGGCCCUGCUAUCGGUAUGGCUCCACCGCACGGCCGCAUGGCACGUAAUCCCAUGGAGCCGCAGUUCAUGGACGCCAACCCACAGCUUUCAAUGGGUGCUCCCCAAUCCCGCGGAGCUUUUUUGAACAUGGUACCGUACCCCAUGGACAACGCAAAGGGCGACCUGGGCCCUGCAGAGUAG